GUUUUUCAUUAUACAGAAAAAAACAGUUAUAAAGUUUGUAUUUAUAACUGAAUUUGAUUUGAAUUUAAACUGUAAAUUUCAAACAUGUCUUUGAAUGAGUUGUCGUCGACUGAUGAACAACCGUCCACUAGUGGUAACCAAUUGACAGCACCGGUAGCCGAUUCGCCCGAUGCGACCACCACUGCGACAGCAUUCGAUUGGGAUGUGUUUGCCGACAGAGGAAAAGCUUUGCGAUACUUUCGGCAAACACGCGAAGCCAUCGAUGUAAUGAUAGUGACCAACGAUGACGGCGAAGAGUGCGUCCAUUUGCCAAUUGUGUCGACAUUGGGUCCACAGUUUACAAAGACUUUGGUGACGGCAAUGAGUGACAGUAACGCCGAAACCGUACAACUGGACAAUGGAUCGGAAGUCAAGAAAAUUGUUGUCAAAGAUAUGGACAAACAGGUCUUGAAGUCCAUCAUCGAUAUGACAUACGAGUCGACACUUUGCGUCAGCGACGACACAGUUUGGCCACUGAUUAGAGCUGCCAUUGACUAUGAAAUGACUGAUGUAUUGGACGCCAGUCUCUUGUUUUUGGCCACAAGACUCGAUAUCGACAAUUGUGUCCAAUAUUUUCAUUUAGGUAUUCAACACAACCACCGACUGUCAAACGCGUCAUUCAAUUUCAUUAAAGCAAACUUCUGUGAUGUGAUCUACAAGUGUAUGGAUUUUCCAGAACUAUCGGCCGACGAGUUGACAGUAUUGAUAGCCAGCGAUGACCUGAAUGUCAAAUCCGAGCAAACCGUUUACGAAGCGAUCAUCCAUUGGAUCCAAUGGUCAGCUAAUGAACGAAGUGGUCAUUUGUAUCCAUUGCUUAAAAAUCUUCGUUACGCACGACUGGACAUUGAAUUUAUCGAGAAUACAGUGGCCAAGAAUGGUCUUAUCGUCGAAGAUCAAGACAGUCAACAAUUGGUCAACAAAUUUGUCGACACUUUUCGUACAUUUACUAAAAAGAAAGACGGUUACGGUCUGUAUGUUGGCCUCCAUCCCGAUCCCAUUAGGCCGCGCGUCCCGCACGAGAUUGCCAUAGUGUUUGGCGGCUGGCAGGAGGGCGUACCGUCAACUAUGCUCGAAGUGUACGACAUUAGGACUAACCGAUGGUUUGACACAAAGAUAUCUCACAACAGCCCCCGCGCUUAUCACGGAAUGCAAAUAAUCAAUGGCCUGGUAUACGUGAUCGGCGGCACCGACGGUAUCAACAUUUUGAAGAGUGUCCAGUGUUUCGAUACCAUUACAAAGCGUUGGUAUGACAGACAAGAUAUGAAUGAAAAACGCUGUUAUGUCAGUACGGUUGUAGUCGACGGUAAUAUCUAUGCAAUGGGCGGUCAUAAUGGCCAACAUCGGAUAAAAUCGUGCGAGAAAUACGAUCCGCAGACCAAAGUGUGGACAAAAAUUCAGGACAUGAAUAUGUCUCGAAGCGACGGCUCGGCUACCGUAUACAUGGGUAAGAUCUAUAUCGCCGGCGGACUCAACGACCAGAUGAUCGAAAGUUCGGUCGAGUUUUACGAUUUGACGGCCAAGACGUGGUCACUAAUUAUGCCAAUGAUUACACCGCGAACUAGUCUCGGGUUUGUUGCUCUGGACGACGCUCUAUACGCCAUCGGCGGUAACAAUGGAUUUGAAAGACUACAAUCAGUGGAGAAGUACGACAUCAAACUCAAGUCAUGGCAAAUGGUGGCCAAUAUGUUAUCAAAGCGAAGUACAUUUGCAACCGCUGUCAUUGAGAACAGUAUUUAUGUCAUCGGCGGUUAUAAUGGUCAGACACCCAUCUGUUCGGUAGAGAAAUACGAUUCGUUGUCUCAGAUUUGGACGCCGGCCCGAAGUCUGAAUCACGACCGCAGCGGUCUAGCCGUAUGUGUGGCCAGCGGACUGUCCACUGCCGUCGACUUUACGUUCAUCGGACGCAAUGAACUAAAACUUCGCAAACAACUCGACAGCAAAGACAUCGACAACGGCGACGCUGACGACAAAUGUGCAAACAGUGAUAAUAUAGGAACCGAUGGCCAGACAGACGAAGACAACAUCACUUUUGGAUCUGUUUGAGUGAAUGCUAUUGCACUUAACAGUCAUAUUAUUAUUAUAUCAUAUUAUAUCGUAGUAUUAAAUAUAU